AGAAUUUGGCUUGGGCGCGGGGCAAGGGGAGGAUGAUGACGAUGACGACGAGGGUGCGCGCGCGCGGCAGGACUCCCUGACCACGCCGCCGCCAGCAACGGGGGCCUCAGGGGUCGGCGGACCGGCGGAGGCGUGGGGCGAGGACGCUUUCGAGAAGAGGCGCCCCGCGGAGGCGCCCGCGGAGCCCCGGCGGCAGCUGGAGUACCCGGCGGACGACCACGCAGAGGCGCCUGGAGUUCGCGGCCUCCGCCGCAGUCACAGCGCGGUGGCGCUCAAGGUCGGCGCGAACCCCCGAGGCGACGGCAGUGGCGUGGCCUGCGACACGCGGCUCAUUAGCCAGGACAACGCUGCGCGUGCCCGGAGCAUCCACGACAAGCACCAGCUCGACACCGUCGGCAUGCUCCUCCGAGGAGGCCCCCUGCAGAACACCACGACGAUUGCCCUGCCGCAGGGCGCCCGGGUGGACGCCGCCGCUGGCCGCUUCUUGUACCGCGCCCGCGACGUCGACAGCCACUUCGAGAUCGAGGCCCAGCUGCCGGGCGGGCGGCUCUCGAAGGUCUCGCGCAACCCGCUGUGGCAGACGGUGACGUUCGAGGGCGAGGUCGCGCUGGGGCGCUGGGCGCUCGGGCCAGCCAGGGGCGUCCAGGGCGCCAGCGCUCCGCAGUCGGAGCGCC